AUGCUACAGUUUCUUUAUACUGGAGACUACACAGUUGAAGACAAUACGACCAAAGUACAAAUUUCACCAAGCGAUAGCGAUAAAAUACCGGAACUAGAUACAUGGCAUUCGGAAGCGGCUUUGCGACUCUCCCAAAGAGACCAAAAUGAAGUGGAGAACCUUUCGGCUGAAGAACAUGCCGUUGACCAAAUUGCAAUGUCACUGUCAAAUGAACUUGCAGCGAGCCUUACGGACGAAUGCUCAGUGAACAAAAAGACUUCAGUAGCUGACGAGGGCCCUCUAACAGGCUCCAGCGAGCAAAUGGAUGCUAUCGACGAAUCAUUCGCUGAUUGCCACCCAUGCUACUUUCAUCUCCGUAUGUAUGGAGAAGCGGAUUACUUCUUGAUCAAAGAUCUGAAGAUCAAAGCAGCAGAGAACUUUCGAGAUUCAUUUGAAAAUUGCUCCGAAAAGCAGAUCUUGGCGCUGGUCAUCAAGGAACUCUAUUCAACAAAUGCCGACUACCGAGAUAUUAGGAAGUCAGUAAUAGAACUGAUUGUGAAAAACUUGCGAAAACUUCAUGGAGGGCUGACCCCGGGGAUUGAUUAUGACCUCUUGAGAGCGUAUCCAGCGUUUGCUGCUGAAUUAUGCAUAGCGACCAUGGAAAAGUAUUUGGGUGUGUUGUCCAGCCUCAGACAGGCGCUACCCCUUUCCACGGUUGAAUACAAGCCAUUUGAAUUCAAAAACUUCGAAUACCCAUGGGGCAUAGGAGAACAUGGGGAAAGUGGAGAAAGUGGGGCCGAAUGA